AUGUCAUGGAAUUCCUCCCCAGAAGCGCGGCUGAUUCGGCAAGUCGCACACCAUACAGCCGACAAGGGAGACGUGACGAGCGUUGGGCGUUGCGAAUCGGGGUUUAAACCCAUUCUUGCUUCAUCCAACCCGAGUCCUAACGCGGCCGGACUGGUUGUGUUCUGGCACACUGACGCUUUCCAUCGAGUUGCUGAGCCACCUCUGCGGAUGCGCCGUGAGAAUGUCAUGAAAUAG